AUGUCUUUCCCUUCACACAACACUCUUCCUUCUUCUGCUCAAAGUAACAUCUCGAUUGAUUUCAACGAUCCUCCUCUCGGACUCGAACAAUCGUGGCUUGAAGACUCUAAAGAAUGUUUUGAAGCACACACUCUUCUCAAGUCUCUCAUCAUUGACCAAAUUAAUCAAAUUCCAGUGGCUAACUUUAAUUUAGUACUUCAACAAUGUAGAAAUAGAGCAAGUCAAAGAGUGAGCAUGCACGCCAAUCGCGAAAUUGAAAUGCUCAAGCAGGACAUUGAGAGACUCGUUCAAGAAAAUCAACGCAUCAACAAGAUGUUACUCCAUGAAAUGAAACUCCGACAACAAUACUACAAUGAAUUGCAAUUGUUGAAAGGAGCUAUCAGAAUAUUUGUACGUGUGAGGCCCUUGCUACCACACGAAAUUCAACAAGGUGAUUUUUCUGUGGUUCGAUUCUCAAAGAAUAGUCAACAAUUACUCUUCUUUCCAAAAGUACUCAGUCAAGAGAUGCCACCACCAGAAAAUGAAAAGAUCACCAAACAGAAUUAUCGACAAUUCCAAUUUGACCGAAUUAUAGGUCCGAAUAUUCAUCAAAGACAACUUUAUGAUGAAGAAAUUUCUCCUCUGACAAAAUCAGUGCUGGAUGGAUACAAUGUCUCAAUUUUUGCCUAUGGACAAACAGGAACUGGAAAGACUUUCACCAUGCAAGGAAGUGGAGAAGAACCCGGAAUUCAACAAUACAUUCUUCAUGACUUGUAUCAUCAAAAAGCAAAAGAUCAAACCAUUUGUGAAAUGUCCAUUGCUUUAAGCUGUCUUGAAAUUUACAAUGAAACAUGCAUCGAUUUGUUAAGAUCCAAUGACAACAAGUUGGAUCUCAAAAUGGAUCCUCAUACCAAAAAGAUUAUUGCUCAAGGUCUUCGUGAGGUGGUUUGUAACGAUGUUCAGGAGGCCAUUCAAUGUCUCGUGUUUGCUCAAAAGAAUCGAGCAGUUGCUUCCACACUUCAAAAUCAUCGAAGUUCUCGAUCUCACCUCAUUGUUCAAAUCAGCAUAACGAAAACCUUUUUCCAAAGUGAAACGUUUGCUAUGGAUGAAGGAGAAGACGCAUCGGAUCAGCCACAACAAAUACCCUCAAAUACCUCCACUACCAUUACUUCAACCAUGUAUUUGAUCGAUUUGGCAGGUAGUGAGAAGAUUAACACCAGUUCAGCCUCUAAUCCAAUUACCGAUAGUGAAACAAAGCAUAUUAACAAAUCAUUGUCGGCGUUGGGCAAUGUGAUGGAAAGCCUUCGAAAUCGGAGUGCAAAACCAAACAUGAAUAAUAACAAUGGACAAACUCAUGUUCCCUACAGAGACACCAAGCUCACUUACUUUAUGUCCAAUGUGUUUAGGGAUAAGCAUGCCAUUGUUUGUAUGAUUCCUCAUAUUGCUCCCAGUCAGAUGUGUUUCAAUGAAUCUCUUCGAACGCUUCAAUUCGCAGAGAGAAUGAGUGGAAUAGCUUUGAAUGUCAACAACAAUCCAUAA